UUGGCCGCUCCUCUCCUGCCAGAGUUGGGAAGCUAUGGGAGCUGUUUGGUAUGCAAUCCUGCUUUCCCCUUCCUCGCCAGUGACCAGACUUUAAAAGCAGCUUUAGAGAAAAGUCUACCAGAUUGAUCCAAGGAGCUGAAUAUACUUCGGGAGGCACACGGCAAGUACAUGAAUUGCUCUGUCUGAAAACCAAGGGCUCUGACAGAAUUCCGAGGGCUCUGACACACAGCAGAACUACUUUUGCUCAGCACAGAUCCCUCUGCCCCAAGCUGGAAAUGAUGGAGGCCAGCAUCCUCUUCUUCCGCACGUGCCUUGUGCUGCUCGCCACUCCCAUCUACCUGCUAUCGUUCCUGGGCAUAUGGCAGCCUUUCUGUAGGAAGAUAUUUUUUCCUUUCUUGAUAGAGAAAUUUUCUGCAAGCCAGGAAAAGAAAACCAAGAAGCUGAAGCAGGAGCUGUUUUGUAAUCUACCUGACUUCACAGGCCCCUCAGGAGAGCUGAGGCUGCUGGAGAUUGGGACCGGCUGCGGUGCCAACUUCCAGUUCUACCCACCAGGCUGCAAAGUCACAUGCACUGACGUAAACCCCAACUUCGAGCAAGGCCUUUUGAGAAGCAUAAACAAGAACCAGCAUGUCCACUACAACGGUUUCCUAACAGCUGCAGGAGAAGACCUGCACCAGGUGCCCAGUGGUUCCAUGGAUGCCAUCGUCUGCACCUUGGUCCUCUGCUCUGUGCACAAUGUCAAUGGCACCCUGAAGGAAGUACUGCGAGUGCUCAGACCAGGAGGUGCUUUCUAUUUCUUAGAGCACGUGGCCGCUGAUCGUUCCAGCUGGAAGUAUUUUUGGCAGCAGGUCUGCUCUCAGACUUGGAAACUCGUCUUUGAUGGAUGCUGCCUUACCAGAGAGCUACAGAAGAAUCUGGAAGAGGCCAACUUCUCGGAGCUGCACCUGCAGCAGAUAAGCCUGGCGUACCCCUGGACGCCCAUUCAGCCACACAUCAUCGGCUACGCCAUCAAGUAGCCCUGGCCACCCCACCAGGCCUUUUCCCUGCCCUCACAGAAAUCCUCACCGUAAUCCCACAGCACAGGCUAAUCCGGACGUCCAAAUCUAGGCAACGCAGCAAAAGACUUGAAUUAAGUUUGAUUCUGAGGGGGUCAAGUUUUCAAAACUACAGAGCCCUGACUGUGCCCGGCCGGACCUCAGUGCUGCCCACAGGGGAUCCCAGGAGAACACACAACAGCCCAGUGGGCAGAAAAAAAAUAAAUUAUGGGGUUUCUUGCCUA